AUUCACACUGGAGAGAAACCAUAUCAGUGCUCACAGUGUGGAAAGAGUUUUAAUGGACAGAGCCAUCUCAAAAUACACCAGCACAUUCACACUGGAGAGAAACCGUAUCAGUGCUCACAGUGUGGAAAGAGUUUUAAUGGACAGAGUGAUCUCAAAAUACACCAGCGCAUUCACACUGGGGAGAAACCGUAUCAGUGCUCACAGUGUGGAAAGAGUUUUAAUGUACAGAGUAAUCUCAAAAAACACCAGCGCAUUCACACUGGAGAGAAACCGUAUCAGUGCUCACACUGUGGAAAGAGUUUUAAUCAACAGAGUGCUCUCAAAAUACACCAGCGCAUUCACACUGGAGAGAAACUGUAUCAGUGCUCACAGUGUGGAAAGAGUUUUAAUGGACAGAGUAAUCUCAAAAAUCACCAGCGCAUUCACACUGGAGAAAAACCAUAUCAGUGCUCACAGUGUGGAAAGAGUUUUAAUGGACAGAGUGAUCUCAAAAUACACCAGCGCAUUCACACUGGAGAGAAACCGUAUCAGUGCUCACAGUGUGGAAAGAGUUUUAAUGGGCAGAGUAAUCUCAAAAAACACCAGCGCAUUCACACUGGAGAAAAACCAUAUCAGUGCUCACAGUGUGGGAAGAGUUUUAAUGGACAGAGUGCUCUCAAAAUACACCAGCGCAUUCACACUGGAGAGAAACCAUAUCAGUGCUCACAGUGUGGAAAGAGUUUUAAUGGACAGAGUGAUCUGAAAAUACACCAGCGCAUUCACACUGGAGAGAAACCAUAUCAGUGCUCACAGUGUGGAAAGAAUUUUAAUAUACAGAGUAAUCUCAAAAAACACCAGCGCAUUCACUUUUUACAGAAAUGAUGCUCACAGUGUUGGGGAGAAAUGUUUAGCAAUGAAUGAAUUAUACUGUGUAAUUAAUAGGUCAUUAAUUACACAGUAAACAUUAAUAAGUAAAUAGUAAUAAUAAAAGUAUAAAUCUUUAGGUUAAACUAUUACUGGGAAAUAAUGGGAUUAUCUAUAGUGGAGUGAAUGGUGGGUAGAACCAAGAGGUUUAGAGCCUGAUGUAAGUGAAUGCUAUCAGUUAAUAGUGGAAGUGAAUUGAAAAUAAAAUGUAUUGGAUUGGCUAGCAUGUAUUGGUCUUAGUGAUACUGUGCUUGAUUGGUUUUCUUCAUACAUUUCUAGACGUGUACAGUAUGUUCACAGUAACUCCUGUUACUAGUGGUGUCCCUCAGGGCUCUCUCUUGGGGCCUCUACUAUUUAUAAUUUACCUGCUUCCCAUUGGACGUAUCUUUAGGAAAUACAACAUUAAAUUUUAUUGUUAUGCAGACGACACCGAGCUAUACCUGUCCACUGUGCUCACGACUACUGUUCUUUCUCCAUCUCUCUCUGAUUGUCUAAUAGAAUUAAGAACAUGGUUCUCUUACAAUUUUCUCACAUUAAAUGCUGAUAAAACUGAAAUUCUUCUUAAAGGUAGAAAAUCUCCUCUCUCAAAAUCUAACAAAUUCUCAGUGAUGAUGAAGAACUCAGUCGUCUCUCCUUCCACUCACAAUCUUUCAUUUAAUGCACAUAUUAACAAUAUUACACAAUCUGCAAAUUUCCAUUUACGUAACAUAAAUCGUCUACGUCCAUUCUUUUCUCCUAGAAGUGCUGAUGUUCUUGUUCAUGCCCUGGUCACAUCUCGAAUUGAUUAUUGUAACUCUCUCCUUUUUGGUCUACCUCAUAUGGGAGCUAGAGCUUUUAGCUACUCUGCCCCACAUCUCUGGAACUCUCUCUCUCCUGACAUUCGCACCAUUGAUUCAUUCCCUAGUUUCAAAACAUGUCUUAAGACGUAUUUGAUUAUUACGUACUGAUGUUUUGUAUUGUAAGGUGUCCUUGAGUGUUUUGAAUGGCGCCCAUAAAUAAAAUGUAUUAUUUUUUUUAUAUGUUGGCACAGAUGUUACUUAUACUUGUUUUUCACACAUUUUCAUAGUUUGGCUUAUACAGAGGUGGAAA